AUGUAAUCUCCAAUAGCUAGAAAGAAGCAUCCUUCUAAAACUUUUGUUGUCAAGAAGAACACUCAAUUGUUUUAAUCUGCCGAUCAUGGGAACAAGAGAUAAAAAUCAUAAAAAAUGGACAAAUCCUCCAGAAGAAGAGGAAAUUUCUUGGAUAAAUAGGACGCAUUUUAAAUCAAUAAAUAUGCAGCCAAGAUCAACCAUAGUUCUGAUUCAGAAUCUGAUAGCGAUGUUUCUAUUGGAAAGUCUGGUAAAUCUGAAAGUUCUGAAUCCAGCAUAAAAUCAGCAAAAACAAUCAGACCACGCUCAUCCAAAAGAAUACGAGGAAAUCUUAAUUAAUACACACAAGACUUAUUCUCGACUAUAAUAAGGAAGACGGAAAGCCAAAAGGACUAGCAAAAAGAGGAAAUUUAGUAAAAAUUAUUUGAAAGAAUGGCUGACAAAGCUACAGCAGAGAACUAUUUACUCCACUAAAAUUUAGAAAAAUUUGACUAGCCUUUUAAGAGAAGCAAUCAAUUUUCAAAGGAUGGGUAAGAUUCUGAACAUUCGUUUGAAAUAUUUUCUAACCUCUCAAAUGAAGAUAAGCAAUCAUAUAAUUCGGACACAAGUGUUUAGAUCGAAGAAGUUUAAGACCAAUAGAGAAUCUCACAACAGAGAGAAAAUUCGUGCCAUAGUCUCAAGAUGUCCAUCUAAACUCCCAAUGCUGAAUUUAGUUCUACCUAUUUCAAACCCAGAGUCUCUAAUUUACGGGUAUCCCUAGCUGGUUUUAGUCCCUUGUAAGUUAGUCAUUCAUCCUAAUCUUCCGAAGAUGUAUGA